ACUCUUUCCCUCUCUGUUUAGAGUUUCUCUUCUACUGGGUUUUUCAAAGUUCUACCUUAAAAAUGCGACUCUGUUAGAAUCGAAAAGUGAUAAACCAAGCUAUUCUGCUUCUGGGUUUUGUUCUAUUCUUCUUUGAAUACAGACCCAAGUUGUUAAAUUCAUAUUUCUUACUGGUUUAUCUAACUACUUGAUUCGAGCUCUGUUGGGCAAUCUCCUAUUUGUUUUUGAGGAGCCUUCGUUUUGUCCUUCUGGGUGAUGUUCCGAGUUUCAUAGAAUAUGAAGACCUCCAAGCGUCUUUCUCUGCCGGCAGAUCCAAAAAGUAGGAGAUCGUGCCUUUGCACUCUCCUUCCUGCAGCUUCUUUGCUUUGUUUAGUUUUCUUCAUAGGGAGCAUAUUUGUUGCGACAGAUUAUACAGAGAGUUCUGCAAGAUGGGGUAUUGUUGAUAAUGUGCUGAUUACAGAAACUAAUGCAUGCGAGAAUCAAUGCAGGCCUGAAGGCAGUGAGGCAUUACCUAAGGGGAUUGUUUCCAGGACCUCUAACUUGGAAAUGCAACAACUAUGGGGUUUGCCUAAGAAAAGGAAUCCAAAGCAUUCAAUGAAUUUAUUAGCCAUGGCUGUUGGAAUAAGGCAAAAAGAAAAUGUCGACAAAAUGGUCAAAAAGUUUCCAUCAAAUGAUUUUGUUGUGAUGCUUUUCCAUUAUGAUGGCAUGGUGGAUGAAUGGAGUGACCAAGACUGGAGUCAUCGUGCUAUACAUGUGUCUGCAAUUAAUCAAACCAAAUGGUGGUUUGCUAAGCGCUUCCUACAUCCAGAUAUAGUUGCAGAAUAUGAUUACAUUUUCCUCUGGGAUGAGGACCUUGGAGUUGAACAUUUCAACCCUAGACGUUAUCUAUCAAUCAUCAAAGAAGAAGGGCUGGAGGUAUCACAACCUGCUCUAGAUGUGGCUAAAUCAGAGGUGCAUCAUCAAAUUACUGCACGUGGGAGGAGAUCGAAAGUGCACAGGAGGACUUACAAAGUUGGUGGUGGGAGAAGGUGUGAUGUGAACAGUACAGAUCCUCCAUGUACUGGGUGGGUAGAAAUGAUGGCUCCUGUGUUCUCGAGAGCAUCCUGGAGAUGUGCAUGGUAUAUGAUCCAGAAUGACUUGAUCCACGCAUGGGGCUUGGACUUUCAGCUUGGUUAUUGUGCACAGGGAGAUCGAACAAAAAAUGUUGGGGUGGUCGAUGCUGAAUACGUAAUUCAUCAGGGCCUCCCUACACUUGGGGGCUUGGAGGAGAACACUACAAGUGCUGAAACACCAGGUCUGGCUUCUCUCAGUAAAAAUUCACCAAACGCAGAAGCGCAGGCAGCGUCCCAGUCCCAUGUGAAUAGUGACAGAUAUGCAGUGAGGAAACGGUCCUUUGUUGAAUUGGAGAUGUUUAAGAAUAGAUGGAAAAAAGCUGUGCGGGAGGAUGAAUGUUGGAUUGAUCCUUUUCAACGACCGGCAAAGCAAUAGGUUCAGUUCUUAUUCUGUGGUCUUCGCAAAUUGCUCAUGGUGUGACCUUCAGUAAACAUUCAUCAACCA